CCCGUAACACCAUGUGCGCUUGGCCGGAAGCAUUACUGUUCUUAGAGGAGAGAGCUGUCUCUGUCCUGUGUUCGAGGUCAUUGGUAUCUGGCAUGGUGAUUGUAGACUAAAAGUAGCACGUCACAAUGCGGUGCUUAGGUGGUUCGUCCUUAUCCAGACUCCUGCGGAUGCUGUCUCAGUCUCAAGGCCGAGCUUUGAGCUCCACAGGUCCUGCUGUAUAUGAUGUGGUUAUAUCUGGUGGUGGUAUGGUUGGAACUGCAAUGGCCUGUGCAUUGGGCUCGGAUCCUCACUUGCAGCACAAGAAGGUACUUUUGCUAGAAGCUGGGAAUAGAAAACCAUUUGAUCAUCUACCUGAGAACUUCAGCAACAGAGUGAGCUCCAUUACCCCAGGCUCAGCUACCCUACUUGCCAGCUUUGGUGCUUGGGAUCAUAUCUUGGCCAUGAGGCUAAAACCAUAUAAGAGAAUGCAGGUUUGGGAUGCCUGCUCAGAUGCGCUGAUCACAUUUGAUAAGGAUGCAUUGGAAGAUAUGGGAUAUAUUGUGGAAAAUGAUAUAAUUAUUGAAGCACUUACAAAGCAGCUGGAAUUAAUGUCUGAUCAUGUUGAGGUUAUGUACAGAAGCAGAGCUUUGAGCUACUCAUGGCCUCCACCAUAUAAUAAUGGCAAAGCCACACCUUGGGUAGAGAUAGAGCUAGCAGAUGGACAAAGGCUUCACACAAAACUCUUGAUUGGUGCAGAUGGCCACAACUCCAUGGUGCGCAGUGCAGCUGGAAUGCAGAGUGUCCAGUGGAAUUAUAAUCAUGCUGCUGUAGUUGCUACACUUCAUUUGUCUGAGGCAACAGAUAACAAUGUUGCCUGGCAGAGGUUCCUUCCCACUGGGCCCAUCGCAUUACUGCCUCUUUCUGACACAUGUAGUUCUUUAGUGUGGUCUACAUCUCCUGAACAUGCAUCAGAGCUUGUCAGCAUGGAUGAGGAAAGCUUUGUAGAUACAGUGAAUUCAGCAUUUUGGAGCAACGAAAAUCAUUCAGAGUUCAUAACUUCAGCUGGUUCUCUACUUCAUUCAGCUUUGUCUUUCUUCAUGCCAACUGGCUCCUCUCCUCGUCAGCUUCCUCCUAGUGUGUCACGUGUUGAGCAGAACAGUAGGGCUUCCUUUCCUCUGGGACUGAAACAUGCCACUGAAUAUAUCCGGCAUCGAGUGGCAUUAAUUGGUGACGCCGCACACAGAGUGCACCCUUUGGCAGGUCAAGGAGUAAAUAUGGGCUUUGGAGAUGUUGCCUGUUUGGCCCAUCAUCUGAGUCAAGCUGCAUUCAAUGGAAGUGACCUGGGAUCUACAAAGCACCUUCUAGAAUAUGAGACUGAGCGACAGAGGCACAAUCUUCCUUUAAUGGCUGCAGUUGAUCUGCUAAAGAGAUUAUACAACACAAAACAGCCACCAAUUGUACUUCUCAGGACGCUUGGCCUGCAAGCUACAAAUGCACUGACUCCAGUAAAAGAGCAGAUUAUGGCCUUUGCAAGCAAAUAAGAAGAUCAAUUUGGAUUCAGUUUCUGAUUAAAAUAAUUCAAGGUUUACUAUUUUUGAUUAAAGAUAAAUAUUGAUUUAUUUUCUGCAGAUGCCUCUGAAAUAUCUUUUUUUGUUUUUAUUUUGCUUGUUAAUCGUUGCCUGUAGCUUCUCAGACUUCGGUUGUACAAAAAGUCACAUUAAAGGCCCAUUCCACAGUGCCGUGGGAAUGAUCCUCUAUUUUUUUCCUUAGCAUAUUCAUAAUGUUAAAAGGGUAGUUAACCCUGAAAUUAACUUUGACUUUUUUUUAUUCUGUGGCUUGUAAGUAGGGAUAGAAUAUAAUUUAUUAUCUUAUAUUUGUAUAAUAAAGUAAAUACUGUA